AUGAAGGCGCUUGACGCACAGGGCGUGAUUCUUCACAGCCUUCGCACUAAAGUCGUCGAGUUCCAGACCAAGUACCCUUCGGUGAGGGAAAAGUCGGCAGCUUCGAUUGCUGCUAUUCAUCUCGAGAACCAGAAGCGGAUCCAAACGGACGUCAUUAAGACCAAGGAAUUGGAGGUUGAAGAGGCGCUGGCGGUUUCCGAUUCACACCUCACGGCUCUGGCGGCUAGGCUUGAGGAUCACAUCAAACGCCUCUCGUCUGAUCCUGAUUUGACGAUUUCUGAUGUCGCCAAAGAGAAAUUCAGGAAAAUCAAGGUUCAGUGCAUCGAGAGGGCCAGAUGCGAUAUUGCCACCGCCAAGGACGACAUCAAAGUUCAGGAGCUGUUGAGGCAGAAAUCCCGUGAAGCCGAGGAGUUGAAGAAAUCUGCUGCUGCUGAGGAGAUGGUCGGCAUGGAACCUAAGUUGACUAUCGACGAGAUCGUACAGAAGCAGGUACAGAAGGCGAAGGUCGAUAUCCGCAAGGAAUUGAAGGCGGAAUUUGACGCUGCCCUAUCUGCCAAGCUGAAGUCGCUCGAGUUGGACAAGCAGGAUGUGAAGUCAACCCCCGCUGCUGCUAAUCCGAAGCCUAACAAGGCCAAGAAGAAGCGCGGCGGUAAGAAAAAGAAAGCCGAUGUCCCGGCGGACAGCAAAGGGAAGGGCCGUGAAGCUUCACCAGCGCCAUCCUCGAAGAAGGCCUGGGUUCCAAAAAACGGCGGAGGCGGCCUCGCAAAAGGGCCGCCAAAGAAGAAGUAA